GAAAUAGUUCAACAGUUAAUAGAGAACAGUACAACAUUCAGAGACAAAACAGAAUUUGCUCAAGAUAAAUACAUAAAGAAGAAGAAAAAAAAGUAAAUAUGAGGCAGUUAUAGCAAUUGUGAAACCAUCCACUCGCAUUCUUUCAACCAUGUAUUAUGCAAGGGAACCUGGAAAAAUUAACCACUUGAGAUACGACACCCUGGCUCAGAUGUUGACUUUAGGAAACAUCCGUGCUGGCAACAAGAUGAUUGUAAUGGAAACGUGUGCGGGCCUGGUGCUGGGCGCGGUGAUGGAGCGAAUGGGAGGUUAUGGAUCCAUUAUUCAGAUGUAUCCAGGAGCAGGACCUGUUAGAGCUGCUACCAGUUGUUUUGGAUUUCCAAAGUGCUUUUUUGAUAAUCUUCACGAAUUCCCUCUCAGCAAAGUGGAUAGUCUUCUCUCUGGGACAUUUUGUACAGAGACUCUGCCUUCAGAACCUGAAGAUAAUUCACUAGUGGAAGAGGAAAGCAAUGGAUUGACUGAUGAGAAGCAGAUUUCCCUGCAGGAAACAGAAGAGGAAUCAACUACAGAAACAGCUAUGGAGAUCAACCAAACGGACGAGCAAGAAACAAUGGACUUGAAUGCUGAAGAUGUAGAAUUUAAAGAGAACAAAGACAAAGGAAAUAAAGAAAAUGUUCGGGAAAAGCAAAGAAAACAGUGGGAGAGAAGGAAAAAGUUACAAGAAGCUGCUGCUUUGUUAAGAGAGAAGAAUGCUGAUGGCUUAAUUGUAGCCAGCAAGUUUCAUCCCACUCCUUUAUUACUUUCUUUAUUGGAAUUUGUUGCUCCUUCAAGGCCUUUUGUUGUCUACUGCCAGUAUAAAGAGCCAUUAUUAGAGUGUUACACGAAGCUGAGGGAAAAAAAAAGAGGCGGCGUUAUUAACCUGAAGCUGUCUGAAACCUGGCUACGAAACUACCAGGUCUUACCUGAUCGAAGCCAUCCAAAACUGACAAUGAGCGGCGGUGGCGGGUACCUGCUGUCUGGCAUAACUGUUGUCUUGGAUAAGGGCAAAUCCGAUUCCGCUGAUUUAGAAGCACUGAAGAUGGAAGAGCCAUCAUCUAAAAGAUGCAAAGUUCAAGACCUUCAUUGUUAA